CCCUAUUUCUUUUCAGUCAGAAAACAAGGCGAAGAAUCCGAAAACCGACGAUGUACGCCAGGACAAACACCGGCAGCACACAUGGAGACUUCCAGGACAGAAACGGAGUAAAUUAUGUGACAUCGACAGAGUCUUUCGGCCACUGCUCCCAAUUGUUCUGGAAAAAGGAUCCCAACGACUCCGGACCAAGUUCGACCAUCAGCUGGUGUGAUCAGCUCCCCUCCUCCUCAGCAGCACUCUCCAGCUCCAGUCUCUCCUCAGCGUCGCUCUCAAGCUCCAGUCUCUCCCUGGAAUCCCGAGCGCCAGCGCCGCCGCCACCAACGGCGGCGGCGUCAGACGACAUGGACUCGGACGAGAGGCCGUACGUCUGCGACAUGUGCACCUGCGCCUACAAGCAUGCCAGCUCCCUGCUCAACCACAAGCUCACCCACAAGACCGGGGACUUCAGGUGUGAUUUCUGCAGCAAGCCCUACACCAACUACAUGUCCCUGCGUAACCACAUGCGGAUCCACGGUCAGAAGCGCUACAUGUGCGACCUGUGCGGCAAGGCCUUCCGCCUGGCCCGGUACCUCCGCAACCACCAGAGGAUCCACGACGACGGACCAAAUCGCUUCGACUGUCCCUCCUGCUGCAAGAGCUACAGGACCAUGCUGGAGCUGGCGCAGCACCGCUGCACCGCCGCCUCAACCACCCAGUCUGGCGGCAGUCGUCGUUCCAAUUUCUCCAACGCUCGCCGUCAGCAGCAGCAGCAGCAGCAGCAACAACAACAGCAGCAACAGCAGAACAGCGCUACGUCCAUGAUGCAGCCGCAGCACGGAGGACACGGCCCACAGGAACCUCUGCCCUCCCACUGCGUCUCCCCCAUGUCCCAGGGAGGACAGGGCGGAGGCGUGGCCAGCCAACCGGUGCCUGAUCCGCAUCAGGUAGGGAGGAGAUAUCAGGGCCGUCCCAGCUCGGUGUCAUCCCAGAGCAGCCAGCAGAGCAUGAGGAGCUCGUCCUCCAAUAAACACGUCUCCUCCUCCAGCGCCACCCCGUCCUCCUCCUACUCCCUGCUCCAGCCCCUGGUGCCUGAGGUAAAGGAGAUGAGCUCGGGAUACACUAGGCUGAGCGCCAACCCCAUGCCGAAGCAUCAGGACACUUUCUCUCUGGCCCCCCAGCGUCCCCUCACCACCAUCAACCCCAUCAGCCACUCCCUCCAUCCGAACGGAGCGCCCACGCUCAAGCCUUCCCCAGUGCCACGCACCAUCCAGGCCAUGCCCUGGGAGCAGCGCUCUCUCUACAAUCAAUGAAACACCCCCCCACCUCCCUCCCUCGGGAACCAACAGCUCCCCCCCCCUUCACGUCUCGUCCAACAUCGCCCCUACACACCCACCUCCUCCUCUUCCUUCCCACCCCUUCCAGAUCCAGCAUCAAAGAUGGAGGACAUCAGCUGCCCCAGUCUUUGGAUGCCGGCCCCCUCCUCUCUUCUGCCUCACCCCUCCUUUUGGAACGUUGUGUUUGGGAAUGGGGAAGGGCACCAUUGAGAACUAGUUGAGAUUGAUUACUGAGUAGUUAGGUUUAAAAAAAAAAAAAAAAAUGUGUUGCCUUGACCCUCAUGUAUGAUCUAUGCCAUGUACUGGAUAUAAGUUAAAACGUCUGUCCUUUCACCAAGAAUUUAUCCCCCCCCCCCCUCCAUCCUCGUCUCCUGCUCUAGUUAUGAAAAUAUCUAUCCUUCCCAUUAUAAAUAGUGUCUCUCCGAACCCCACCCUUCCCUAUCCACCCCUCUUUACCAUAUGUUAAACGAAAGGCUGUUUCGAUCAGGAGCGUGUUUGUUCGAACCACUCGUUCCGAACCCCUGAACGACGAGGUCACAGGGCGCCAACUUUUCAAAGUAAAUGUCACAAAAAAAUUCUCCCUUCCAUCUAAAAUGUUGUUUUUUAGUUUUUUUUUAAAACAUAAAAAACCCAACUUGUUUUGUAAAAUGAGGCUUCUGGAAAGGAAAGAAGAAGGGGAACAUGAACUUUUUUUUUUUUUUUUUUAUAAAUUAAACUCUUCAUCCCUUCAUGCUCCAGAAUGAACAUUGUGUAUAUUGUGCGUUUAGGAAGGUGUCAUGACUGUUUUUUUUUUCUCAGAACGCCGUUUCAGUUCUUCUUCCGAUUGUUACAGCAAAGCGCCCGCACUUCUUCUCCAUUAUCUCUCCGAGCACCCUACCCGACGGCGAGGAAACCGCAACUCCGCCAAACAUUUCCAAAAAUGCCAGUUUUGUGUGAAGACUUGAAGGACCCUCCCCAUUUUUACCCCCUCUAACUCCCCCCAGCCAGAACCACAACCAACCAACCAGGACAGUUUGGCACGGUUACCUUCUUUUAACACACAACUGAAAGCUCACUUUUUUUCCCCCUCUCUCUCUCUAAAGCUCACAUCUGACUGGUGGCUUGUUGUUAUUGUAGUUUUUAACAAUCUAUUGGCUGGGACUCGCAUCUAAAAGAUAACAAGUACAAGUCUCCAUCCCUUCUUUUUUUAUUUUAUUUUAUUCUCCGACCUGACUGUUAACUUGUCCGUUCCUUUCACUUUGAAGCACUUUAAGACAAGUGCUGUAUACCCACCCACCUCCACCUCUAUCUAAAGCUGUGUUGGCUGUAAAGAUGUAACAUUGCCUUACAUCCAACCCCAUCACUCACCCAGCGGUUAAAGCCAAGCAUCACAACCAUCACCAGUGACUUAACAGCAGUCGACUGCAUCUGGAAGCUACAGUGGCCAAAAUGACACUACCUGUGCAGCUCUGAACCCCACCCCCACUCUCCGCCCGCCUCAACCUCAACUCCACCAGUGUUGCUUUUCCUGUAGAGAAAAAAUCUCACCGCAUCUCCCAGGAUGGAUUUAGUUAACACCUGCAGGGUGUUCCAAUAAGCAGCCAAAACCCAGUUGGCCAGAUAACUCCAAAUAAAUCCAUAAAAGAUGAAGUUAAGUCAUGUGACGGAGCGUGAUGGUAGAACCAGGAGUUCCAGCUCAACCUUGUUAAAGGGCAGGUACAUACAUUUUGGGAGUUUUUGAGGUCUUUGUAUCAUCCUGUGUCUUCAGAUUAGUGUUCCUUAUUUAUUCAAAUCCAAAAAUUUCAAUUUUGGUUGAAGUUACAGAUGUAUUAUAAGAGCUGGAUACUGGACCGAAAAUGGUGGCCAUUCUGUACUAUUGGAAUUACUCAGCUGGCGCAUAUACCAAAAAAGUUUCUAGCUUCCACGUUUGGUUCCGUGAGCGGCCCACUGAGUACACACAGCAGUGUUUCCCACCUUCGGCCCACAAACUUUAAAUUGUGAUGAUGUCAAAUAUUUUUAAAUUGCUUUUCUUGACUCAAAGAAUGUUUCUCCAUGGAACACAAAUUCGUACAGUUUUGUCUCUUUUAUAAUGGUGGUCUAUGGUGGAAUUGCUUUUUGGGAUGCAGGGGGAUUUUUCACCUCAGUUCCACAAGUGGCCACCAGUGGUGUGAAUCUGAUUGAUACAAGAAGUCAGAUAAAUAUGAAGUCCCUUUUUUAUUUAGAAAGUACUUUAAAAAUCUGAAUGUCAACAUUCAACAUGCAUGUUAAACAUAAUGUUCUUCAAGUAGACCAAAAAAAGUCAACAGUAUAGACGUGGUAGGGGCGAAGCUCACCUGCCUGUAUGAGAGUAACAAACCGAGGGUGGAGUGCAGGUGUUUGUUAUCAUGUCUCCAUGAUCUCUGAUGCAUUGUAUAAUCGAUUAAUUUCAACACCCCUAGUGGCCACUGGGAUAAAUAAGCUUCAAGACUGAGCAGUGGAGCUUUUAUCCAGCUCUUUUAAUACAUCCAAAGUACGUAUGUCUUAGCCUCAAAAUGCAGUUUUUCCCCAAGCCCUUUAUAAAAAUGUUUUCUCAUUCAUGUUACCUGAUGUAGGUUUUUCAGCACGACAUUGCUACCCUUGAACCCUGCUACCCAUAAACCCAUAUGAACCUGAUUAUCCAGUAGCCACAGAGAUGGACGGAGCACUCUCUGUGCUGUUGCUCUGCUAAACUUAAACAGAUAGAUACACAGACGGAGCAGUCACUGUAGCUGCUGCUCCUCAAAGUAAAAAAAAACAAAAACUCUUAUCGUGUCAGUUAAUGGCUCUGGAUCAGAGCAGAAUCUGGUGUGACUAAAAGGUGUUAACUGUCCCAAAGUUCCGGCUCUGCUCCAGAGCUCCCAGUACUCCCAGCAGCUCCUCUUCGUCCAGUUCAUUUAUAAAGAUCUCACACACUGAGACUAAGAGCUGCGGCAUCACUCAAUAUAUCAGGACAUUUUCUGCUCUCUCUUACAGCAAGCAAACAUGUUAGUACACUGUCAGCAAACUGUGUGGGUGGGUGUGGGUGGGUAUAGGGGCGGGGGGGGGGGGGGGGGGGGUUGGUGGUGGUGGGGAGGUGGCGGUGGGGAGGUGGCGUCACUUCACUGCUCUUUUGCUAACAGCUGAGUGGGCGUUUUCCAUGUGAUCAAACCCUGGACAUGAAGGCAGGUGGAGUCAUCCUUUAAUAACAGUUUAAUCAUGGAUCCAGUAUGUAGUUCUGUCGGAGGUUAUCUCGCUAACACGGUGUUCAUUGAAAUACCCACAAUUCUACUGACAUUGUAUUUUCUCUUUUUAAAAGUUGUUUCUAUUUUUAUUCAUGACAUGUUUUCAUUGUUGCUUUCUCUCUCCUUGUAAAGUGUCUUUGAGUAUUUAGAAAAGUGCUAUACAAAUAAAAUGUUUUAUUAUUAUCA